AUGGAUAACAACGAGGCCAUUACGGAACGCCAGUCCUCCAAUGCUGAGACGAUGGCCAAUCAAAAACGCAAGAGCGUGUCCAAUAAGGGCCUGACGGGCGCUUCGGCUCUUACUGUUCGACAGUCCAUCUUUCCCAUUACUCUAGUCACCGUUCUCUUCUUCCUUUGGGGUUUCGCGUAUGGUCUCCUUGAUGUCUUGAAUGCCAAGUUCCAAACCUCCCUCAAUAUCACUGCCGCAAAGGCCGGUGGCCUUCAAGGCUCAUAUUUCGGUGCUUAUUUCAUUGGACCUUUGACAUACUCUGGCUGGAUUGUCAGACACUGGGGUUACCGCUGGACAUUCAUUACAGGUCUUUGUAUCUACGGUGUCGGAGCCUUGAUGUUUUGGCCAUCCGCAGUCUACAAAUCCUUCGGAGGCUUUUGCGGCAGCCUUUUCAUUGUCGGCUCUGGUCUCUCCACUCUGGAGACUUCUGCCAAUCCCUUCAUUGCAACCUGCGGACCUCCUAGAUUGUCAGAGUUCCGUCUAGAGCUGUCGCAGUCAUUCCAAGCCGUCGGAUCUGUCGUGGCCCCUCUGCUUGCCUCCCGAGUCUUCUUCAAGGAAACUCACGCGACCGACCUUUCACACGUGCAGUGGACAUACGUGGGUAUUGCGGCCUUCGUUUUCCUCCUUGCCGUGGUUUUCUUCUUCAGCCCGAUCCCUGAAGUUACCGAUGCCGAUAUGGCUCUCCAAGCCGAGCAGUGCUCUGACCUAACUGGUUACACAGAGAAACCAAUGUCGAAACAGUACAAGCUCUUCUUCGGUGUUGCUGCUCAGUUUACCUACGUCGGUGCGCAGGUCGCUGUGGCCUCACAAUUCAUCCGAUAUGCUCAGGAAUCUGCGGGCCUCAGCGAAUCUGUUGCAUCAGAUCGCUAUGCUAUUGGUCAAGCAUUGUUCGCCAUCGGUCGAUUUGCCGCUGCGGGAAUGUUUAUGUUCAUCAAGCCUCGGAUCGUCCUUAUGAUCUUCAUGACGGCAAUUAUGAUCUUCAUUGCUUGUGCAAUGGGCAUCUAUGGUGAAGGUGGUGUUGCAGUGCUCUCGCUGGUCUUAUUCUUCGAGUCCUGCAUCUUCCCCACAAUCUUCACUCUAUCAAUUCGAGGAUUGGGCCGGCACACCAAGCGAGGAUCUUCUUGGAUUGUCUCCAGUGUUUGCGGUGGUGCCCUGUUCCCAGCUCUGACUGGACUUGCGGCCGACCAUAUGACUUAUCACAAGGCUAUGUGCGUCCCAUUGGCUGGAUUCUUCAUCAGUUUUGUCUUCCCCAUCUAUUUGAACACGGUCUGCAGGAGGGAAUUAGAUGGAUUCCGUGAGAGUAAGAUCGGUUACGUCGAUGAACGACGCGGAACCAUCAUUGGUGAUAUCAACGACAUUGAAACAUUUGAAGCAAUGCAGAAGACAAGCUCGGUUUAG